AUGGGGGUUGCAGAGCCGCGUCCCAUUCUCCUGCUGCUUUCAGUCCUGGCUCUAACCCAGACCGAGACCCAGGCCAGCGCGGGUUCGCACUCGCUGCGCUAUUUUGUUACCACGACGUCCGGUCCCGGGGUCCGGGAGCCCCGAGUCAUCAUCGUUGGCUACGUGGACAACAUCGAGUUCAUGAGCUUCGACAGUGACGCGGAGAGUCCGAGGACAGAGCCCCGUGGGUCAUGGGUAAAACGAAUGGGUCAGAAGUUCUGGGAAGAGGAGGUAAAAUAUGCCGAGAGUUAUGCACAGAGGGCCCGAGAAAACCUGCGAUUGGCAUUGAGCGUCUACAACCACAACAGUAACGAUUCUCACACCAUCCAGUGUUUAAUUGGCUGCGAAAUUGGACCGGACGGGCGGCUCAUCCGAGGCGAAUAUGCGCACGCUUAUGACGGCAACGAUUACCUUAGUCUGAACGAGGAUCUUCACUCCUGGACUGCUGGCGACACCUCGGCUCAGAUCGCUGCCGACAAGUGGAAAGCCGAUGGUGUAGCAGGACGCAUCAGAGCCAUUCUGGAGGGGAGGUGUGUAGAGACACUCCUCAGACAUCUGGAGAUAGGGAAGAAGACACUGCAGAGAACAGAUCCCCCGAAGGCACAUGUAACCCAUCAUCUAAGACUUGAAGGGGAUGCCACCCUGAGGUGCUGGGCCCUGGGCUUCUAUCCAGCUGAGAUCACCCUAACCUGGCAACGUGAUGGAGAGGACCAGAUCCAGGACAUGGAGCUAGUGGAGACCAGGCCUUCAGGAGAUGGAACCUUCCAGAAGUGGGCAGCGGUGGUGGUGCCUUCUGGGGACGAGGAGAGAUACACCUGCCUUGUGCAUCAUGAGGGGCUGCCGGAGCCCCUCAUCCUGAGAUGGGAGCCAUCUUCUUGGCCCAAGAUUGGAAUGACUGUUGGUGUGGUUCUCCUCGGAGUUGUGAUCGCUGGAGCUGUGGCUGCCGUUGUGACAAUGAGGAGAAGUAUGGGAAGGGAAGGGAAG